UCUCCUCACUUACUUAAAAAAGCAAUUGUAUAUCUCAAAAAAAAAACCAUAAAAUAAUUAUUAAAAAAAAUAAAGAAAAAAUAUAAUUUUAUAUUUUAAAAAAUGGAAGUGGAAAAUAUAGGAGAAAUGAAGAAAAUAGUGGUAGCAGUAGAUGAGAGUGAAGAGAGCAUGUAUGCUUUAUCAUGGUGUCUAAACAAUGUUGUUUCAGUUUCACAUCAAAAUUCAGUUUCUCCAACUCUUGUUCUUCUCUAUGUCAAGCCCUCUCCUCCUGCUAAUUACUCUGCUUUUGAUGUUGCUGGGUACUUGUUUGGAAAUGAUGUAGUAGCAGAUUUGGAAGAUUACUCUAGGAAGCUUGUUGAUUCAGUCAUGUCUAAAGCCCAAGAAGUUUGUAUGAAGUCCAACAUCGAUAUUAAGGUAGAAAAGAAAGUUGGAAGUGGAGAUGCCAAAAAUGUGAUUUGUGGGACAGUUGAAAAAUUAGGGGCUGACAUGCUAGUUAUGGGAAGCCAUGGUUAUGGAUUUUUAAAGAGGACUCUUCUGGGAAGCGUAAGUUAUGACUGUGCGAAACGAGUAAAGUGUCCCAUGGUAGUUGUGAAGCAUCCAAGGAACGUUUUAUGAAUUCUCCGAUCCUCGUUUUUUCGAUCUUUUAAGUUGUUUAAAGAUCUUUUUCACAACUAGAAUGUUACACACCCCACCUUUAAUUACGAACUUGUAGAAUAGUGUAUUAAUGAUGAUGUAGUUUUGAAUUUUUGAUCGGACAAGCAAAUGUUGUACUAGUACAUUUUACAUGUACAUAUAGUUGUAUGUGUUGUCUCUUUGGACGAAAUUUUCACCGAUCAAAGUUCAAUUAUAUUUUUGA